UAUGACCUUCUUUGCCUUUGUUAUUGUUGCUUGCUUCGAUUAUAGUUUAUUCGUAGUUGAUAACUUACAGUACARAUAAUGGUUACUUAUGGUCCAGUCUACAUAAACAUCAAUACGGACUCAAUGCAAAGAAGGGUAAAACUGAAUGGAGAACCUACCGUUCUGUUUUGUGUGGCUUUGAGUUGCAGAGUCCAGUCAAUCGUGGGUCGUGGCUCUGCAUCAUUCAUGUAUGUAAAAGCCUUUUGACUGGUUGCUGAACCGAACCGCGUGGAUUACAUAUUGAUACAUUCUUGUCUUGCCCAAUAUCCCGCCUAAUCCCCACCAAGACGCCGUUGUCUGACCGCUCCCUAUAUUCAAUGCCAGCCUUGACGCAAGAUGUUGCCCAAGACAUCCAACAUCCAGCUCAACACAACUUUCCUAUAAUAUAUAAUCCCAUUAAUCUCAUCAUCAUCAUCCCAUCCCACCAUCAUCUCAAGGCUCUUAUUGAAUCCUAGAUUUCUGUUUCUGAAUUCCGAUAACGCCAACCUCUGCAACAAGAGCUGAGCGUGGGUCAUGUCUUUUGCCCGGCUAUUUUGUCUAGUUCUUGAGACAAUCUCUACAGUCAUGCAUCACAACUGAUUGCCAUCUAUCCAUCCAUUCAAACAAAGUGGCUUCCGUGGCUUAAACUUGUCUUGUUUGAUUGAUUUUCUUCUUAACCAGGAAUUAGAAAAAACGGGUUACGUUCUUUCCGUUUUGGGUUGCUAAGCAAUAGAAAUCAAGUAGCGUUUGCUCCUAUUCCGAUCUACAUCUCUCCCUCCCUCCCUUUCUCUCCCUCUGUGCUCUGGUCUCCAAGUGCUUUGUACGAACCAUUGUUUGAAUUAAUAAAAGAAAACGAUAACAAAACAAAAAAGCAUUACUCAUAAACAUCUUCAUUAUCUUAGUGAUAGCGUCAUGCGUCCAUGAAGCUAAGUGGAGACGGGGUUUCCCCUCUUCAAACUUUCGGUCUCACAAACCACCAAAAUAAUAUCAUGUUCCACAUUUCUCUUCCAAAUAUGCCACAAAUGCCCCCAUAACGUACAAAUGAUGAUGUCAUUAGUACGUAAUCCACACAAAAGUUGUAUAGUCCCUUAAAUCUGUUAAGUUGGACAUAGAAAGAACAAAACUGAAGCUUAAGCUUCUUCAGUUCUCGCUUGCACAAUCAAUCUUGUGCUUUACUGUGCUCUAUUUUUUAAUGUUGCCCAACCUCAAUUACCGCCAAGUGGAAAUAAACCAAUUCGCAAGCCCAAGUCAAACUCCAACCAACCACGAAAGAAAACCGCCCUGAAUUCUCCCUCUCAUUAUCAUCUUCUUUUUUUUUUUUUUUUAUCUCCUCUGCUCUCCACUCUGUCCUGUUUUCUCCCAUCUUUUCCUCCUAAAUGGAUCAAAACAACUCGUCCUCGGUCAAAACAGUUUUCUCUGUAUUGAUCAAUAUCAUCUUUAUGAUGCUCAGCACCUUGGCACAAGGAACUCGAUCAGCAGACCCACAGUUCGAAGCUUGUGCGCCUAGAAAUUGUGGCAAGGGCCCAUAUAUAAGCUACCCGUUUUGGAUUCCUUCUCUCCAGCAAUCCUACUGCGGCCUUCCAAGAUCUGAGGUCACCUGCCAGAACAGUGAGCCCGUCCUUAAGAUGCCAGAUGGCGAUUACCUCAUCCAAGACAUCUUCUACUCAAACAAUUCAUUCUGGGUGGUGGACAUCAGGGCAUUGAACAACGAAUCCUGCCUGGCCCCCCUCCACAAUUUUACCCUCCACGGCACUCCCUUUGAAUUUGGCGAUAAUCACUUCAAUCUCUUCUUCUACUACAACUGCUCCAAUUCCCCUCCUGCAAAUCACUUGGUAUACCCAGUGACUUGUGCUAGCAAUAACACCAGCCAUCUCUCCUUCGCAAUGUUUGUGUAUGAUGGGCAGUUUGGCUUGAAUCUUUCUUUAGCGACAUGCCAGUCAGUUGUUAGAGCACCCAUAGACACAACACGUAUUCAAUUUAAAGAGCAAAAUAACUAUAGGGAGAUUUUGAAGGAAAGAUUUCUUUUGCAAUGGAAGCCGAGUAAUUGCAUCAAAUGUGAGGGCAGUGGCGGCCGUUGUGGACUCUAUAAUAAAAAAUUCGUAUGCUUUUGCCAUGAUGGACGGCAUCGCUUAAGCUGCGGUGAUGGCGGAAACAAUUGGAAGGUACCGGUAAUAGCAACUAGCGCAGCACUUGCUUUCCUUGGAGCAGGCUUAUUAAUUCUCUUCCUCAUCUACCGUGGGCACAAAAAACGCAAAUUUGCUGCAAUCAGAAGCAAAGACAUCUCCGUUUCUUCAACCCCCUUCUCCAGGAACUUCUCUUCUGAUCCUUCCUCGACGACGACGGACCUCGAGAAAGCUAGCACUUACUUUGGAGUCCCCAUUUUCAGUUAUGAUGAACUUGAAGAAGCCACUAACAAUUUUGAUUCCACCAAAGAACUCGGCGACGGUGGAUUUGGCACUGUAUAUCAUGGAAAACUCCGUGAUGGGCGUGUUGUUGCAGUCAAGCGCCUAUACGAGAACAAUUACAAACGUGUUGAGCAAUUCAUGAAUGAAGUGGAGAUCCUCACCCGCUUACGCCACCAGAACCUUGUGACCCUUUACGGCUGUACCUCACGUCGCAGCCGCGAACUCAUCCUUGUUUACGAAUACAUCCCGAAUGGCACCGUUGCCGAUCACCUUCACGGCGAUAGAGCGAAGGCCGGUGGUCUCCCAUGGUCUAUUCGGAUGAGCAUUUCCAUAGAGACCGCCAGUGCUCUUUCGUACCUCCACGCUUCCGACAUCAUACACCGUGACGUGAAAACAAACAAUAUUCUCCUCGACAACAAUUUUGGAGUUAAAGUUGCAGAUUUUGGACUGUCUCGCCUCUUCCCAACAGAUGUAACCCACGUCUCCACUGCACCACAAGGGACUCCCGGUUAUGUUGACCCUGAAUAUCACCAAUGUUACCAGCUCACAGAUAAGAGCGAUGUCUAUAGCUUCGGUGUAGUCUUGAUCGAGCUUAUAUCAUCGAAGCCAGCGGUAGAUAUCACAAGGCAUCGACACGAGAUUAAUUUGGCGAACAUGGCAAUCAACAGGAUCCAGAACAGGACAUUGCAUGAGCUGAUUGACCCCUGUCUGAAUUUCGAAUCAGAUCACAGAGUAAGAAGAAUGGCAACGGCAGUGGCAGAGUUGGCAUUCCGUUGCCUGCAAUUUGAAAGAGAAAUGAGGCCUACAAUGGAUGAAGUAUUGGAGGUUUUGAAUGGAAUUCAGAGCGAGGAGGAUGGCAUGGUGGCGAAGACAGAGGAGGCGGACAUUCCCUCAGAUGAUGUGGGUCUGUUGAAAAAGGGACUCUCCCCGCCAUCACCAGAUAGUGUUGUGAACUAUGUUUGGGAGAGCCAGAAGACUACACCUAAUACCAGUAGUUAAACUUUUCUCUUGUCAAUUCUAUUCCUUUUUCCAAGUAGAUGGUAUUAGAUUUUGUUCAGCGUUACCUGGUAGUCUGAUGGCUAUUAGUGAUGUUACAACUUCAUUUAUUUUCUGUUGUGUUUAUUUCAUAAAAAGAAAUUGGGAUUAUAUGAAAGGAAGGGAGAGAUUAUUAACUAUUAGAUAUUAACUUACAUGGUUGGAGGAGGGAGAUGUACAUAGUGAUAUGAAAAGGAGUAUUUAUUAUAUUUUGUUCCCUUUGGGUUUAUCACUGCUCCAAUGCUUUUUGCCCUCA